AUGUUUAUCCGCCUCUCUACUACUUUCGUUGUUCUCCUCGGCUUGACGGCCCUUGUCAACGCUGGAGUACCAGCUGCUCGCCACGCUGCUCCUCUUGACAAGCGUAGCACUCUCGUGAUGACCCGAGCCAAUUAUUUAGCACUUGCGCGCGAAGAGUCUCCAGAACCAGACCCAGGCAAGGCAGUAGUCACUGGGCGUUCUAUUCAGGAAGAGUCUCCAGAACCGGACCCAGGAAAGGCAGUAGUCACUGGGCGUGAAGAGACUCCAGAACCAGACCCAGGCAAGGCAGUAGUCACUGGGCGUGAAGAGACUCCAGAACCAGACCCAGGCAAGGCAGUAGUCACUGGGCGUGAAGAGACUCCAGAACCAGACCCAGGAAAGGCAGUAGUCACUGGGCGUGAAGAGACUCCAGAACCAGACCCAGGAAAGCAUGGGCGCGUGUAUUACCGAUUGCAUUGGCUGUAUGGAAAGCAGACUGUUUGUCAGCAAAAAUUCUACUUUACUUGCUGUAAGAAGUGCUUCAGGACUAGAUUCGUGAGGCUCGCGCAGGAACUGACCUCAAACAUCAAUAUAAGGGAAAACCUCCUUCCUCAGAUCAGUGCAAGAGUGCUAGACACGUCUACCUCUUCAUGUUCCGCUCCCAACCAAAGCUCCCCAGAGCGGCGAGAGGGUGCUAGACCUCUUAGGUCUACUUCUUCGUGUUCCAAACCUUCCCAAAGCUCCCCGGAGCGGCGAGAGGGUACUGCAGGAAUAGUAACACCGAAGAUAGAGGAUGCGAGAGCGAGAGCAACCGCGAAGCGAGGCAAGGUCAACAUAUUACUAACGAUGUUGGGACACGCAGGGAAACUACGAGAAAAGGACUGCGUGGAGUCUUGA